AUGCAGAAUAUUGAAAAGGCAACCGAGAAAAGUUCAUAUGAGAAGAUUACAACUUUCGAAGCAUUUUGGAAUAUUUGUAACACAAUCCAAGGUUUACCAAUUCUUUCAAUUGCAUAUGUGAUCCAGUGUGGUGGAAUUGUUUCCCUGAUUUCCCUCAUUGCAGUCUCCUGUACUUCAUGUUACACAAGUUAUCUGAUAGUGGCAUGUAUGUACAUCUGUGAUGACGAGGGACAUGUAGUGCGUGUUCGUCGCUCGUUUGCUGACAUUGGAAGUGCUGUAUGGAUGAAAGGAGGGGGCACCCUAGUUCUGGUAACCCAACUUGUCCAACUAACACUGAUAUGCUCAUUAUAUCCAUUUAUUGUUGGUUCAGUCCUAGAUGCACUUUUCUGCCAACUUGGAAUACCUUUAUGGAUUUGGAUACUACUCAGUGCUCUACCUUUCUUGCCCAAUGCAUUUAUUACCAAUUUAUCCCAAGUCGCGUGGAGCAGUAUUGUAGUAAUAGUUUCCGCUGGAAUUAUAUUUGCAAGUGUUCUAGUGUACUGCGUUGCCUAUAUUGAUAAAUGGGACUGGUCAGUGUUACUUACAUUUGAUGAUGAUAAAUUUCCAGUAGCUAUUAUGUGGUUGAUGUCCAGUUACUUCUCACAGCCUUUUGUGGCAGUUAUCGAAGAAUCAAUGUCGCAGAAAAAGAGAUUUUGUCCAAUUUUAGUUUUCUCGUUCAUUACGAUGACUUUGAUUAACAUUUGCAUGGGUCUUAUUGCAGCAGCUACCUUCUUCCCUGAAACAAAAGAGGUCAUAACCAAUAACCUCCCAGCUGGUCCUUCUAAAAUUAUAGUUGCUUUGACAGCGACCAUGCUAUCUUUCGCAUCAUUCACGCUUCCUAUGUUUACUGUUUUUGAAGUACUAGAACAGUUUUAUGCAGAUAAUCAGAAAACUGCUGAUACGAAAGAGCAACAUAUUCGUCUUUCCACCCGCCAAGUAAUAUACCGUUGUCUUAUAACCACACUGACAAUUCUUCUCGCUGCCAUGCCGAAUUUUUCCCAAGUGGUAGCGUUUUUCAGCAGUGUUACAGGAACAAGUUUGGAAGUGAUUUUCCCGACCGUGUUUCAUAUCAAGUUGUGUUACAAGCGUAUGACAUUAUGGCAACUUGUGCUCGAUGUUCUUAUAUUUAUGUUUGGAGUAACGAUGUUUGUAUGUGGUGUGUAUUUCUCAAUAAGAACUCUUAUUGUAGGAAAUUUUGUAGCAGCAAAUCACGUUCCUCCUCAUUUGCGUCACUGCACACAAAAACCUUUAGAGAAAGUUCAUUAA